ACGUAUUUACGUAUCACAUAUCUACAAUAGUAUAUAUCGCGAAAGCGCGCGCUGAUGUGAUGUGUGUAUUGGAGUAAUAUUCUUGCAUCUCUUUAUUUGUUAAUUUUUAUCGUAUGAAAUAUCAUUCAGUUAAUUUAGAUACUGUGCCUCUAUCAAAUUGAGAUACGUUUGAAAGAUGUCAAAAGAUAUACGAUCCUAUUUUCAACCUGUUAAAACGAGUUCCAAUGUCGCUCCGACGAAACCUACCAAAAGACGGAUUAUUUCGUCUGAUGAAGAUGAAGACGAGAAACCUCAGUCUCCGCUUAAGCGGUCCAAGAAAACAAAGACAUCGGAGAAGGAGAUAAUUAAUUCUGAUUCCGACAAAAACAUUAAAGUUCUUUCUCCUUCUGAUAUGUUUGGUAAAACACCAGUAAGCAGGCAAGAAGCACCUAAAAUAUCUAAACAAAAGAAGAAAUCUGUAAAAGCAGCUGGGAUAUCUAAAUCGUUACAAAAGAAGGAGGCUAAAGGUCAUAAUGAUGAUGAUUUUGAAGCUACUUUAUGCCAGUUAGAUACAUCUGAUAUUGAACAGAAAUAUUUAAGUGAGACUAAAGUUGAUGAAGAUUCUCAAUUAUCUGAGAGCAGUGUUGAAAAUAAAGGAAAGUCACCUGUUAAAAAUGAAGAAAAUGAAAAGAAAAAAACAUUUAAUAGAUCAAAUCAACAAAAAGAUAAUAAGAGACAUGAAUUAAAGAAUAAAAAACAUUCUAGUAGUAGUUCAAAUGAAGAUAUUGAACAUAAGAAUUCCAAACGCAAUAGUAAAUCUAGACAGAAAUCUAAAACUUCUACUAUUUCUAAGAUGCAAGUUGAACAUAAAGAAACAAAGAAAACUUCUCCCAAAAAGAUAGACACUUCUGAUAUAUAUGAAGAAAAAAUUGAAAAAAGGAAACAACAUGUUGCGAUGUAUCAGCAAUAUCUUCAAAGAGGUGGAGCCAGAAAUCCAGGUUCAAAAGAAAUCCCUGUUGGCGCUGAAAAUUGUCUGGUAGGAUUGAGUUUUGUAAUAACUGGUGUUUUGGAUUCUUUAGAAAGAGAGGAAGCUGAAGAACUUAUUAAAAAAUAUGGCGGACGAAUUUUACAUCAAAUUUCAAAAAAGACUGACUAUGUUAUAGUAGGUGAUCAAGCUGGUCCUACAAAAUUGUCGAAAGCUAAUAGCUUAAACAUAAAAAAAAUAUCAGAAGAUGAUUUAUUAGAGCUAAUACGAACAAGACCUGCUGGUCAGUCUGAUAAUGCGAAGCAAUCUCCUGUAAAAUCAAAACAGAGAUCGAAGAAAAGAUCGAUAGAAUCAGAUGAAUCAUCACCUUCAAAGAAAAUAAAAAUUACAUCAAAUGAAGAAACAAAAAAGACAACAAAAAUAUGUUCACCGCGCAAAAAAGAACAUAGUAAUAAAGAAAUCGAAGAUUCCUUAAAAGUAUCACCACAAAUACAAGAACUUGAUGAUAAAGAUACAAAAGUAAAACCUUUGAUUGAGAAGCAACAUAAUGAACAUAAAGAAUCGGUUGUACAAAAUAAAAUAGAGAUAAACGAUAUAAAAGAUAUAAAAAUACAAACGGACACUUCACAAGAUGUAAAUGGAAACAUACCAGUGCAAGCAUUGGUUGAAAAAUAUAGGCCAAAAACUAUGAAACAAGUACUAGGGCAACAAGGAGACAAAAGUAAUGCUAAAAAAAUAUAUAGUUGGUUAGCGAAUUGGCAUAAAAAUCAAAGUGGUCAAGUGAAACAUAUAAGACCGAGUCCUUGGGCAAAAGAUGAUAAUGGAGCUUUCUUCAAAGCUGUUUUGUUAUCUGGUCCUCCUGGAAUUGGGAAGACUACAACUGUCCAAGUUGUUUGUAAUGAGUUAGGUUUUGAUCUCAUAGAAUUUAAUGCAUCUGAUACUAGAAGUAAAAAGCUUUUGAAAGAAGAAGUAUCAGAACUUUUAUCUAACACUACGUUAAAAAAUUAUUUUCAAGAUGUUAAAAAUAAACCAUCAUUGAAACACGUGUUAUUAAUGGAUGAAGUGGAUGGAAUGGCUGGUAAUGAGGAUCGUGGUGGUCUACAGGAAUUAAUUAAUUUGAUCAAAUCAACUGAUAUACCUAUUGUUUGCAUUUGCAAUGAUCGAAAUAAUCCUAAAAUGAGAACGCUUGCUAAUUAUACGUUUGAUCUUCGUUUUCCAAAACCUAGAUUGGAACAGAUUAGGGCUGCAAUGAAAUCUAUAUGUUUUAAAGAAAAUAUUACAAUUUCAAAUGAAGAUCUUGAUCGUUUAAUCGAAUCAACUAAUCAGGAUAUUCGUCAAGUUAUUAAUCAUUUGGCAUUAUUUGUUGGGCAAACUGGUUCUCAAAAGAAAAACGAGAAGAAACAUAUAAACAAAGAUUUGAAAUUGGGUCCUUGGGAUGUUGUAAAAAAAGUAUUUUCCGUAGAAGAACAUAAACACAUGAAUAUAAAUGAUAAGAGUGAUUUAUUUUUUCAUGAUUACAACAUAGCACCAUUAUUUGUGCAAGAAAAUUAUUUACUAGUUAUACCGCAAGCUCCAAAAAAUAAAUUGUUAGAAAGGAUAGCAGAAAGUGCUGAAAGUUUAGCACUAGGAGAUAUAGUUGAAAAAUCUAUAAGAAGUAAUAAUGCUUGGUCUCUUUUACCAGUACAAGCUUGUUAUUCUUCUGUAAUUCCUGGAACAGUAAUGUCUGGUCACAUCGGUAGUCAAAUUAGUUUUCCAGCUUGGCUUGGACGUAAUUCAAAAGCUGGUAAAUUUAAUCGUUUAAUGCAGGAAAUUACUUUACAUGCACGUUUGGCUACUAGUGCAAGUAAGGAAGCUAUAAAUUUAGAUUAUAUUAAAUCUCUCAGAGAUACUAUUAUCAGACCUUUAGUAAUUGAUGGCAUUGAAAAUGUAAAUGCAGCAAUAGAUGUUAUGAACAAUUAUCACUUACUCAGGGAAGAUUUAGAUUCUCUGGUAGAAAUUUCUUUGUGGCCUGGUGAUCGUGAUCCAUUUCAAGUUAUAGAUAGCAAGGUAAAAGCUGCUUUUACAAGGGCAUAUAAUAAAAAUUCUGUAGCUGUACCAUAUAUAGUGAGUGAUACAUCAAAGAAAAAAGCAGUGUCAAGUGUACAAGAAGAUUUCUUGGUAGAAGAGGAAGAAGAAAUGGAUUCUGAUCAUAAUGACGAUAAUGUUGAUACAGAUAAAAUGAUUAAGGCAAAGAAAGCUACAAGCAAGAAUAUUGAAUCAAAGGGUAAAAAUACUAAUAAAACUGAGGAGAAAGGCAAAAAAGAUAAUAAUAAGCCCAGUAAACGUGGAAAAGGACGAGGAAAAGCAAAAUAAUACAAAAAUAUAAAAUUGGGAUGUGACUUUUAUUUAAAAGAAAGUAAGAAUUUAUCAUUUCCUAACACUUAUAUAUUUUUAUUUUUUAUUUUGCAAAAAAUGAUAUAAAUCACUUUUUGAUGCAUCUUUUAUGUCAAAAUGGACAAGUAACUUUUUUGAAGUAAUAUU